AUGGGCGACGGCAAUAUGGAGGACUUCGAAGAUGACAUGUAUAUUAUGGACGACGCGGAGUAUGCAAACGAGGCCGCUGCCGCCGAGCUUGCGGACGAACUUGUCGAGCUCGACAAGAAGAACAGCAACCUCCUCGAUGAGUGGAACCGUGUAGGAUCGUUCUUGUUCAAGGUGGCUGACGAGUCCAAAGCUCGAACGGUGCACUGGUGGUGCCGCUAUCGGUACGCGGAGCUAAGUCGCUUCAUGCUACGCUUGGUGUUUGCAAGAAAGGACAACAGCGCUACAUUGAAGUGGAUUAAGGAAAGCCAUCGACAGUUGGGGCUAUGCACAGAUUGCAUGCAGGGGUACCAAAAUUCUUUGACGACUCUCGCGGCGGAACUGCGCGACGAAAUCGGGUCGGAUGGCGCAAAGAAGGCGUUUCAAAUCCUCGUCGAGUUUGACAUGAUGCGAUUCAAGAAGUUAUGGUCGAUGGGAUCCAUGGAAAAAAGCUUGAACGCAAAGGAAAGCAAAGACCAGAUUACCAUGGCAUUGUUCGAACUGUUUUCGUCCCCUCGCAUGCUGCGGGACAACCGCUUCCUCAAGCCGUUGCAAAAGUGGAUAUCCGACGUGCCCACUGAAGUUCAAGAAUACUGCGAUUUUUCCGCCCUGACUUCGUUGCCUGGACUGUUCGUUUUGUCCAUCUGCCCCGACUCGACGUUGCGAUCAUGGAGUGCCCAAAAAGCGGCAAAAGAAGCGACAAAACUCACGCCGUCGCUCGUGAACUACAUGGAAGAGCUCAUGUACGUGCUCGAGAACGACGCGUUCGACAAGCCUUGGACCGACAUGGACGUUCCAUCGACGGCGCACUUUGACUUGUUUGUCACUUCCGGGCAGUGUACAAAGUCGCCAUCGCCCCAAGUGUUCUGGGCUGGUUUGGACAUUCUGUUCCAGGCGUUGGACGAACCAAGCAAGGAAACGCUCCUCCGUCGCUUCAAAAACUUGCCGGACCUUGUGUUUUCAUGUCUCCAAGAUGCCAAUCCCGCCCAAACCCAAGCAUUACCUCUGCAGGGCCUCUUGGUGGUCACCCGAUGCUAUCGCAUGCUGCUGGCCACCCUGAAACAUCGUUUCUGGGAGCACACGGCGUACGAUCCAUCAACUGUCUUGGACGUGAUCCUGCGUCAAUGCAAAGAAAAGGCGUGGAAAGAAUUCAUCGUAAUUGGUUUCCUGGACCUUUUACCGGCACUGCUGUGGUCCCUACGACCAGAGCUCGACGGCGACACCAUCACCGCCAUCGCCGACGACACCAGUACCCAAACCUACUUCUCCACGCGGACCGCCAUCUACACGUUUCUCCUGUCAAGCGCAAGAGUGUAUGCCAACCAUGCUGUGCUGCUUCCCACGGCCGUCAAGGUGUUGUAUACGAUAGUACGGGAAGCCUACGGAGUGAAGCAAAGCACGACUCCAACUGCCUCCAAGGACGGUGACCUCCCUGGCGACCACACCGUCGAAAUCGUCACACCCAGGUACACGUAUUGGUGGCCGUACCCACGGCCAGAACUGGACGACGCUCGGAAUGCUUCGUGUUUUGCGUCCGAAUGGAUGGAGCACCUAUUCCACACGAUCAAGACGUCAACGUUGCUUCAAUUGGUGGACGCAGCCGCGUCCACGAUCUCGCUCGUCCUUCAAAAGCACAUGUACUUAAUACGAGACGCCUUGAUCGGGGGAUUCGACGUCCCUGGCCUGCUCAGCAGCACGUGGCUCCUUGACAACUUGUGUGCGUGGAAAGACGUCGAAAAGAUCCCUCUCACCGUCCAUGCUGCGUUGUUUGAGUGUGUGGGGGUCACUGCCUACUUGUGCCACGUCGUGCCCACUUCACCGCACUUGCGCGAGUUCCAAGAGCGGUUGGUGCCGUACCUGACUGUCCUCACCCAUGAAAUUGCCGAGAAAGGUUUGUAUAAUGUCCUGAAAAUCCCAGCCGUCGCCCAGCAUAUAUCAAUGUGCUUGAUCUCAACGCACCCGACCAUCCGAGCCAGCAUCAAAACUCUGGUCAUGCAUGGCGGGUCCCCGGCGAGCACGUUUGUGAACAACGUGUCCACAGAGCCCAUCAAUGUGUCGUACAAGCGACUUGUCGAGUACAACAUGCCGUCGUUUUGUCGGGGAGUGAUGUCCACGUUGUUAUACAUGCGCAGCCAAGGCCACCACGUCAGCGUGUUGAAGGAAGUGCUGCAGUAUUGGACAUAUGUCUUGGAAGGGUUGCCUAGUCAAAUGUUUGAUGCGAUCGCGGCAGCAACCGGGUCGACGUUGAGAGGUCGCAUGUCACUCCUCCGAUUCCCCCGCCUCAUGCACGAUUUCUUUUGCACUGCGCUGCACACAAGCCACACCAUGGAAGAAAGCUACGGCGUUCGAUUGCUGCGAUUCGUCAAGGUGAUGUGGCGCUUUUGGUGGAUGUUUCAACCGCGCAAGCACAAGUCGAUGGAAUUUGCCGGCAAUCGAGUGCUACUUCUCUUGCUCCGACAUGCGCUGGCGCAUCCGAGCAUUGCAAUUCAGCGACGAGUCGUGGACUUGGCCAUGUACAUCAUCGGGGAACUGGGCCACGCCAAGGACUACGCAUCCUUUCGCCUUGAUACGUGCAUUGAAGACGAACUGGUCAAGAUGUCCGCGGCUUGGAACACUUCCGUGGAACCGAAUGUAGUCGCCAUUGACGUGUGGAGCGCACCAGCCGAACUGGCAAAACUCCGCGCCGCAAUCACGAAGUUAACGUCGAAAAUGCAAGCCCGCAAGGUGGAGGUCAUCGUCGACGACAAAGACGACGACGUUGUCGAGCAUUCGCAAUAUUAUAAUCCGUGGCACACGAAACCAAACCGAAAGAAAGCACCACUGCAGUAUCACCAAACCAGACUAUUUGGAUUCAGUGGGGAAAUUGCCGACAGCAAGCAAGAGCGGCAGCGCAAACGCCUCGAUGCGACCGAAUCAGAGCUGGAAAAACUCAACAAAGGCCAGUUCCGGACGAGUCGGACAUCGUCCAAAGGCAUGACGACGCGGAUGACAGCGGACACGGUGAAGAACGCCCCCAGUCAAUUACAUGGAUUUUACAACGACGAAGAAGAUGUCAAGCGACUGGUGGAAGAACGAGCGAGGCAAAUCAUGAAAAAGACCAAUGAAGCAAGAGCAUUAAGAGAGGCCGAAAUGAAGGAUGUCAUGUCGCAUGACCCGACUCCGCCUGUGCGCGGAACAGUCACGCUCAAACCAACCCCACAUAACGUCCAGCGCCCGGCGCCCGUGACCACGGAGCCAGAAAUCCCAGUCGAAAACUACAAGAUAUUGAACGUCGUGCGGCAAGUUCGAACCAUGCGCGUGCCAAUAGCCCCAGCGUCGUUGCAUCCAUUUUUCCGCCAAGUUCUGCUUGUCGUGUCUGUUUUGGCCGAGCAAUCCGGCGAUGUGGCCGAGCUUCAAGUGCCGGGCGUGAAUUUUGCUAGCGCUGGAGCUUACCAUGCUGUGUUUGCCCCGUUGAUGCUUGAAGAAUGCAAAAGCGAUAUGGUUGAAGCGUGGAACAAGGUCGAUGCACUGAAGCCCACUCGUCUGCGCCUACAGUCGGAGCAUGCUCGAGACAAUAUGCGGGUGAUUGUCGUGACGUGUCCGGCCAAACAAGCCACUCAGUUCCGAAACCAUGAUGUGUUGUACUUGCGUGGUGUUAAUAAUGCGGACGCGACCGUCGGCAUCUUCGUCAAGCCCGAGCGAAAGGACCGACCGCAGCAAAAGCCAGACGCCAACGGCGCCACGGACAUGCAAAUUUUGAUUCUGUCGAGCGACGACAUGGCGCAAGACGUGAUGUUGAACGCCAUGGACGAAUUCGACGGGAGGGUGUUGGGCAACCUCACGACCGCUGCGCGUGAAUACGUGGCCAUGAUGGCAUUGGAUUUGAUCCCGAUGCACCUGCGCAAGGUCGUGCUGUCGCCAGAGUCGUGCCAAUCGACGCAAAGUUUAUUGAUUUCCAUGGUGUCAGAUUUUGACAAGUGGAAAGAAAUGCCGUGCGACGAAUCGACCGAGCUGCUGAGGCGAAGUUUGAAGAAACUGAGCAAGUUGCCGAUUCAGCUGGAAGACUUGCGCUCGACAAAUAUUGGCGUGGCUGUGCGAAAGCUGAAAAAGUACAAAGGCGACGAAACCAUUCCGACGAUGGCGCAGCAACUCAUGACGCGGUGGCAAAAGUUGCUCACGGCAUCUGACGCGUUGCACGUCGCUCCAGUGUUUGUGCCGCAACCAAUGUGGGACGUAGUGCGUCCCAUGUACAACAGCUCGCAGUUGCAAUCGAUUCACUCCGUCUUGAGCAACUACGAGUCCGGCGUGAGUCUCUUGCAAGGCCCUCCUGGUACCGGCAAGACCAAGACGAUCCUAGGCCUUGUGGCUGGCCUGUUGUCGAUUCAACUACCAGCGGCCACAAGAUCUCACACACCCAGGCCCGCCAUGCGCUUCAGUGUCCAAAACGAUGGCGUGAGUCGCACAAGCAUCCAACAAAUAAAAAAUCAAUCGCUCAGUCGGCAGCGAUUGAAUGGCGUCAUGGCAGGCACGGCGAAUCGAAUGGGCGUGCUCCAUCGUUCGACCGGUUUGUCCGUGUCGAAACUAACGCAGGAGAAAGGCCACACGAAUCACAUCCUGAUUUGCGCGCCAUCCAACGGAGCCGUGGACGAGCUGAUCAUGCGCCUCGUGACGGACGGGAUCGUCGGCCCGACUGGUGCCCAGCUUGCCGUCGUGCCGCCAACUCUCCAGCGAGCGUCGCCUUUGCCGGUAGAAAAUCAACCCAAGAACAAGGACAUGACAAUUGUUCGGUUGGGGUCCACAGCGGACGACUCGCCCGACGCCGUCAAGCACGUGUGCUUGAAACCUGUCGUACGGCGAAACAUCGAAAUCCAUCCCAAGUACCAAGCGUGGAAAAUCCUCGAGACGCGAGAGAACCAGCUGCGCGACCACAUUCGAACCUUCCACGCACAAACCGACCCGGCCAAAAAGAAGGAUAAGCGCCAAAUGACCGCGUGGCAUCGCGAGCUCAACGAAGUGCAAGGCAAAAAGCGGCGGUUGCAAGACGAAGUCCAAAACCUCGAACAACAGAUCACGACGUCCAUCCUCAUGCAGGCCAACAUCAUCGUCUGUACAUUGUCCAAGUGCGGAUCGGGUGACUUGGACGUUCUGACACGAGGGUUUGAUGCCGUGAUUAUCGACGAAGCCGCUCAAGCAGUCGAAUUGAGCACGUUGAUUCCGCUCCGUGAACGCGUGGCCCGGGCCAUUUUUGUUGGAGACCCCAAGCAGCUCCCGGCGACGGUCAAGAGUGUUCGCGCCCAAGAGUUCUUGUACAAUCGAUCGCUCUUUGAACGUCUGGCCGAAGGUGGUGUGCCCCGCGCGAUUCUUCGAGUGCAAUAUCGCAUGCAUCCGUUUCUCCGUGAAUUUCCGUCCAAGUGCUUUUACGGUGGUAUCUUAAACGACGGCGACGUGAUCGGCACGCGCGUCCUCGCGCUCGGCAACACCGUAUACAAGCACCCGUUCUUCCAACCGUUUUUGCUGUUUGAUAUUGAUGGGCGCGAGUCCAAUGGCCCUGGCGGGUCCAAGUGCAACAUGGACGAAGCUCAAUUUGGCCUGGCCAUGGUCGCCAUGCUGUAUCAAAAAAUAGCGCUUGUUCGAUCCAAUCGAUGGUCCAUCGGGUUCAUUACCCCGUACAAGGAGCAAGUCAACACGUUGAAAACGCUGGUGCGGCAGCAAGGCUUCCAUGACGUCGAAGUAAACACGGUCGAUGGGUUUCAGGGCCGUGAAAAGGACGUGAUCAUUUUCUCGUGCGUGCGAACUGAGAGCAUUGGGUUUCUCCGCGAUCUCCGGCGACUUAACGUCGGCAUGACGCGUGCGCGCUACUGUUGUUUUGUGCUUGGAAACGUCCCGACAUUAAACCGUGACCCGACGUGGCGGCAACUCGUGGACAGCGCGGCGAGUCGUCAACUCUUGAUUCGAGCGGGUCGACGACGGUUUGAAGAAGUGGUGGAACGGAUGGACCGCGACGACCGACUGAAGGAGCACUUUGCAUCGAUGCAUGCUUCGUUGAUAGGCAAAUACUCCAACGACGUGGGUAAACGAAAACGCUCGCCAAGCCCGGCACCCGAAGCACGACCACCGAAAGAAGUCAGAACGGAGAAAUCGCCCCCACCCCCUCCGACAAACAUCCCAGGCGCAGAACCAGUCUGGAACACACUGGCAAAGAGGCACGCAGACACUGCGAUGUCCGCAGACAACUAG